CUUCCAACGCCUUUGCAUCUUUCUGAAUUCUGACCCUCCAUCGCUUCCUCUAGAAAAAUUCCAUUUUUCUUCACUUUCUCGUUUGUUUUUACCAGAAAAUCUUCUGGGUAUUCGCUGGAAUUUUGUGGGGUACCCUUGUUCUUUUUUUUCAUUGUAAAUUGUUGUUGUUUGGCUUCCAGACAUGGGAAGCUGUUGCAGCCAUGAUGUUUCGGUUCGAGGCAAGGUGGAAAGCGAGGUGGAUGAUGUCUCAUAUGAGUAUGAUCAUGAGAAUGAUGUCUCAUAUGAACAAGAUGGAGCAAUGAUAAGGUUAAGAGGUUCCUCUAGGUUUGUGUCAAUGUACACCCAACAAGGAAAGAAAGGUGUGAACCAAGAUGCAAUGGCAGUUUGGGAGGACUUCACUGGAGAAAAAGAUACGAUCCUUUGUGGGGUGUUUGAUGGUCAUGGUCCUCUAGGCCACAAGGUUUCACAAUUUAUUCGUGACAAUCUACCCUCAAAACUAUCUGCAGCAAUCAAAAUGUCACAACAGAAGGCCUGCAAAUAUUAUGAUGCUAAUGAUGCAGACACUGAUGAUGCCUAUGAUGAGAAUUACAACAACAUGUCCCUUGCUUCAUGGGAGGCAUGCUUUCUGAAGACCUUUGAUGAGAUGGAUGAUCACCUUGCUCAAGAAAUUAACACUGACAGCUAUUGCAGUGGUUGCACUGCUGUUACUUUAAUUAAACAGGGUGACCAGCUUAUAGUUGGAAAUUUGGGUGAUUCUCGUGCUGUUCUUUGCACAAGGGAAGGAAACCAACUUAUUCCUGUUCAACUUACUGUGGACUUGAAACCAGAUAUUCCAAGUGAAGCUUCAAGAAUCAUUAACUGUGAAGGCAGAGUUUUCGCAGCCGAAGAAGAACCAGAUGUAUACAGAUUAUGGAUGCCUGAUGAAGACUGCCCUGGACUAGCUAUGUCAAGAGCCUUUGGAGACUUUUGCCUGAAAGAUUAUGGCCUCAUCUCAGCUCCUGAUGUAUUUUAUAGAAAACUUUCCAAUCAAGAUGAAUUUGUGGUUUUGGCAACUGAUGGGGUUUGGGAUGUGCUUACUAACAAUGAAGUAAUAAAUAUAGUUGCUUCAGCACCAAGGAGAUCAAUGGCAGCCAAAUUGUUAGUAAAGCGUGCUGUCAAAGCCUGGAAAUACAAGUAUCCUGGUUCCAAGAUUGAUGAUUGUGCAGUCAUAUGCUUGUUUCUGGAUGAUCAACCUGUUUUAUCCCAUUCUCAAUCCAGUAUGAGCAGAAGAAAUAGACAUCACAGCAAGCGCUUGCAUAUCUCUAAAUCCACUAGAAAUGAAGACACUGAAACUGUGGAUGGCAAGGUUGGGGUAGAUCUCAAUGAAGAAUGGACAGCACUUGGAGGGUUAGCUAGAGCCAACUCUAUAUCAAAACUUCCACGGCUUGCUAGGAAUAUGAGUAGAAGGCAAUCAUCUAAGUACCUUAAAGGGAGUUAAGGUUCACUAACACAGGAUCUUCUGAAAAGUUAAGAAGUGGUCACAGAUUGGAACUCAAGUUUUAUGUUUAGGUGGAAAAGGAGGGUUUGAAGAUUUUAGGAUCAUAUUGGUGUCCCCUUAAAAAUGAGAGUGAAAAAUUCAAUGAGUUUUAUAUGAAAGUGUAUAUAUAAAAAAUCAUAUUAAUUUUGUCACAA